AGGGAACUCGACAGCAUUCAAGUACUGUGCAGAUAAACGAGUAAUUUUACUGAAAGGUUCACUCUUGUGUUCACUCUUGAGGCUUUCCUCAUAGCAUAUCAGCGAUUUGGAAGGUUUGGUUCUGCUGAAGCCAUUUGUCAAACGUAUCCAGGACUUCCCAAGGGAAAUCUUCUUCGAUUCAGCAUGGGACAAAAAUCUUCUCGUCUGCUGGAACUAAGCUCAACGAAGUUUACUUCGACAGGAUUGCACCACUUUGUCUGCACCAUGACUAGAAAGGACAUCGUUGCUGCACUGUGGUUCUUUAUGCUGGUGAGUACAUGGAUCAUAAGCUUUAUUUUAUAAGAAAAUUAACUCACGGACCACUGUUCUGUGGAACGUUUCAUAGUUUGCGCUUUUGAAGCGAAUUUUCAAAAUGUUAUGAAGGGAUGGGCGAUAUGUGCUUACUCAUCACUUCAUAGAUCAUGAGAAAUAGUGCUUCGCCACAAAAUUCCAUUCCGGGCCGCUGGAACUGGUAAAUUUUACUGUUUUCGUUAGACUGUGGUUUUAUUUCGAAUUUGUUUGAUUAAAUGUCGAUGCUUGUCCAUCUAUAUGUUUUCAUAAGAGGUAAUUUUCGUUGAUAAUCAUCUACUUGAGAGCCACGUUGUAUGGCAAAAGCGAUUAAUCUUGGGACACUUACUCCGGUUGGAUUUAUUCCAGUUUAAUAUCUACUUGCUGUAGUUUGUCUUUAAUGUAUAUCAUUUUAAUGCAAAUUAGCUGGCCGAGUUCCUUCUUAGUCGUCGCUCUAGUUUUCAUUACGGUUUGCUCGGCAAUUUUGAAUUCUGUAAACAAAAGCUGCUCGCGUUCUGCCUUUCGACUUUACGAACUCUAGGGAAAAUGGCCGUCUGCGUCGUAACUGGCUGUUAUAAGUAACGACCAGUUGUACGCUGAAUAGCCUGAAUCGGAUGGCUUACGACUGAAAUGGCGACAAAGGUAGAAUAUUUUUAUACUUUGAUAGGGUAUUUUGACUCAUGUUUGACCCUUGUCAUGAACUCUUCAAACGGGCUUAACGACUCAGUUUACCAUCGUUCAUUUUAGCUUGUUCGGCAAGUUUAACCAAAUCUAACAAAACUUUAAAUGCAGUCUACCUCUCGAAUUUGGUCGUCGACUUAAAGAGUGAGUAGAAAUAAAGAACGGAGAUGUGCCUUCGGCGAAGAUUUCUUUCUUUACGUUGUUUACUUUACUGACAAAAGCACGAAGCUUCGUGACAAAAAUAGUGGUAAAAUGUUAGAUGUGAGCCGUUUUAUACAAAUACUUGCUAUUUGGUGGUCACAUCACGUUCACAACGGAACACCGGCAAAUAAUUCAAUUAAAAAGAUUCAAAUAGCAAAUUAAUUUUUGAUAGAGUUUCAUCUUAACACACUAGAAGGCUGUUUUACGUUGAUGUCAAAAUCAACCACAACUAAUGAUGUAAUUUGCAAACUAAGAUAUCCUCUGUCUGCAGUAAACGGAUUUCCUGAAAACCCACCCUGAUAAAUGUCUGACGCCUAAAGCUUUCAGUUUUCAAAACUAAGUAAUAAGUAAUUCCUCAUUUGAAUGGUCUGUAUGGAGCAUUAACUAUUGCAUUGAUAUCAUGUGAGGUUAAAUAAAGUACACUGAAAGUUGUGUGUUUCUGGCGUUCUCAAAAAAAUACCUAAAAUUAUUCACAUAACCGAAUGUGACAGCAGGUGUCAAUUUGCCUACUCAAGUGAUUUCAUAACAAAAGGUCAAAGUACUUCAAGUUGUUUUUCAUUUACCUCUCAUCAUGCAAUUCAUCAUUGAUGUGAAGGUGUCAACCGACCAAUGUUCUUUCUAUCACAAAUAGUUUAUGAAAAUGUAAGGGAUACGAUACAAAUUCAAACUUUAUAGACCAUAUUAUACAAUUUGGCUAAGAGUUUGAUAGAAAAUUCCACGUGAACGUAGAUUAGGCUGAGUUUGCUCCUCGUUCAAAUAAAUUAGAAGAUCAAAUCAAUUCCUUUUCUUAUGGAAUGAAGUUUUUCAUAUCCAUAAUAUCGAGGGAGACUCAUACUUCGUAAAAAGAACACAACUGAUGUACCAAAUUUUACGUGAUUCAAGCGUUCUUGAACAUCAUUGAUGAAAAAUGUAGACCUACCCAUAAAAAAGGAAAUGUGUCCAGGAAACAUUUUAACUCAGGUAAUUGGGCUGAGUAGAGUACAAUUUGUAUAGGUAAUCACAUGAUUUCGAGUGCAAUUUGCAAUAAAUAAGCACGAGUAAAUUUUUUUAAAGACUGACAAAUUUGUUAUCUUUGAAAAAUUAACAAGUGUUUGUUUGUUCCAAAUUGCACAAGAAAAAUCAUGUGAUUACGUGUUAAUAAUAUACAUGGAAAAAAUACGAUAUGGCUCAUCAUAAUUGAGCUUACGCAAAGCGCGCGCAUCAAGUGCAAAAAUAAUUUAUUCAAACAGUGCUUUCGGUCAAAACAACCGCGUACGAUCAAAACAAUAAUACGCAAUGAUAUCAUCACAUCUUUGAGGCGCAAAAAAGUUCGAAGUCCGGCUAAACAGUUCAAGGAAUUGUUCAGUCUGUGUCCGAAUAACUUUCGAUGAAAUGGAAUCGUCUUUUCUGAGGUUUAAUCAUGUUUGUUUUUAAUUUCGGCGUUGGAUCGCUCGAGCAAAGUGUUAAGCUGGGUCGGUUCGUAAUUUUCGAUUUCCUUGGCAAUUCCCUUCUCUAAACACCACUUUUUCCAAACCGACAACCAAAAAGCAGUGUUUAUUGCAGUGUUUUCGUUGUUUGAGCUGUUUUUCAGCCGCGGUGGCGAAAGAAAACCUACCUAAAACGCCGGCCAUUGUUUCGCUCGCAAAUUUUCAAAUUUUGUUCCGACAUCCAAGGCUUGCAUUUGAUGUGCUGUCUGUGAGUUUCUUUGAUUAUUGACCGAUCAUAAUGUCUGAUUUGUUACUUUCUUUGCACUGAAUCAACCCUCUUCUGCACUGAAUUAACUCUUCUGCACUUAAUUAACUCUUCUGCACUGAAUUACCUGAAAACUGCAUUUAUCUUAACCAGUCAGAACUGAGUAAUUUUUCCAUGUAUAUUAUUAGGUCUGGAAUUAUACGCGUGAAAUUUUAAUUCACAAGUACGAUUUCAGAUCAAAUUGCUCGACACGUACCUUGAUUAUCACUUCAUUACAAUCAUUUGGAAAUUGCAAAAUUCAAUCGGCCAAAUACAGGGUUUUUUGUUGUUUAGUUUUGAGGACAAUAUUUGCUAAAAUUCGCCCCGCAAUGGUAUCUUUGUCUUUCAUUUUCCUAUAAUUUGAUUAGUUAUUUUGUUUUAGCUGCUUUUUCAUUUAUUGGGAAAAAGAUGCUAUUUAGAGCAAAAUAUGGUGCGAUUUGUGAACAAAUUGUACCGCUCAAAGUCAGUCAUGGCUCACCAGUGAUUUCAAAAUGGAUGGAAUAAAUGUCUUAAUUCGUCUUCAACUGCAACACUAUUUAUCAGCUCAUUAAACUAAAACAAGCAGGAGGUUUUGGUAAUCGAAUGCAAAAACAAGCUUUUUUCACAAUGUGUCAUUCUUUCGUCAAUAGGUUUGUCCCAUUGGAGCAAAUUUCUCGUGUAAAUCGGAACAAAUAAUUUGGACCAACGCCGCUGGAAAGGCAGGAUAUCAAUGCUUGGACUGCCCUUCCUGUCCGGCUGGAUCAGAGCCUUCGGUACCAUGUGGAACCAAAAUUGAAAAUUGGACCGAUAUUCACUGUGUUCCAUGUCAACUUGGCAAAACAUACUCUGACAAAUACGACAAGGCUCAUUGCAAGCCCUGCACGGUAUGCUCGACAGGGAAAGCAAUAUUGAAGAACUGCACCCUUGAGUCAAACAGUAAGUGUAGCAGGUGCAAAGAAGGAUAUUACUAUAAACCUUUGUCGUUUUCAUGUGACCCUUGUUCAGAGUGUUGUGGAGAUGAAAAAGACUUAGUUGCAAGCGAAUGCAGUAGUCACAAACACAAGUGCAAAGUUCGGUCCACACCGUGCAACAAACAAAUCAGGUCCACCAAAUCAACGCUCAGACUGACAAAACCCACGCCUCCUCCAAGCAUUGUGUCAACACAUCAACCAACAAGUUCAAUUGUCGUGAAAGAAACUAAGUCGUCAAUAAUGCCAACUCAGGUGGUUGAUAAGGACGCGCCGACAGACAUAGGAAAGAUCGGAAUAAUUCUGCUUGCAGCAGUUGCAGUCGUAGUUUCUUUGGGAAUUUUCGUCGCGAUCGUUAUUACGAAAUGCGGCAGACCAAGAAAUACACUGAAGCCUUCCGGGGAGCAGGAAUCGACGAGUAUUGAAAAAAGUUCUCCCAAAAUCAAGGCAGCUUCACAAUCCAAUGAAUCCAUAUCACCUUCUCUGCAUCCCGUUUUUAUUCAAUCAAGUGGAUCAAUGACACUCCUUCACAACUGGUGUGAGUCGUCCGAUGAAAGUGGGCUUCAAAUACCACAAUCUCAAGAUUCAGCAUCGUUACCGCCUUCACGGUCCAACGCGCCUGCACGUGUUGAAUACGCAGUUAGCCCAGGUAAGUUCAGCGGUUGUAGUUGAUUACUGAAUUUCAUUUUAUGAAAUAUUUCAAAAACUCCUCGCACUCUCAUUUGUAAAUAGGAGCGUUUAGACGAGAGUAUGUGAACAGGGUUAUAGCAGUUUAGAUUCGAUUUUUUCGUUUUAUGAAAACAUAGCAUAGAUUCCUAUUGCUCAAAUGUCACUCUUAUCACAUUUGGUAGGGUAUUUCGUUAUGGGAACUGUAGCUAUUGGAAAAAGGGUUGUUUCGGUUAAAGCAAUAUAAAUAACCAUCACUAAACUGGAUUUCUUCCAGAAGAUGUGACCCUCGAAAAGCUGGAAGAAAAUCACCAUGACGUGUUCGAUUGGAUGUGUGAUAAGCUUGAAACCAUGCAAAGAGGCCGAUGGAACUUUGAAAGACUAGCUUUCCGGUACAACAUUCCAUCCACAAUCGUGAGAUCUUUGAAAAAUGCGUUCCAACGUAACGGUAGUCCCUCUCAUGAAUUAAUGGACCAUUUGAAGGCGACACACCCCGAUUUGCCACUUCAUCAUGUUAUCGAUAACCUGGAGAAGAUUGGAAGGAAUGAUAUCGCACAGGGAUUGAGGCCGUACCUGAAGAAAAACGAUGACAUUUCAUUAGCUUAAGGACUUUCGCAAAGAUUGUUAACUCGCGCUCUGUGGAUGUGAGUAUAUGCAAACAUUUUUGGACAGGAAUGAUUUUUUGAUGCAGCCCUUUUGAUAUGUAAAUUGGCAAACCUAAACGCUGUAGGAAACCAUAAUAAAUAACGUUCCAAAGCAGAAAAGCGUGACAGUUCACCCGUUCUGUGUAUAUUUUUUACUAAAAUGUUAUUUAGGUUGUUGUCGUUUUCGUUGUUGUUUUUAUGUUUGUAGAACACGGCCCAUGGUUUGAAAUGUAGAACCAAGAUGUAGACAGGUUUCCUAGAAUUGUUCAGUGUCCAGGCAUUGUCAACAUAUAGUAAGGAAUUGAUAGAAGCUGUUUUCUUUCAGUGAGUUUUGGGGAAAGAAUUUAAAGAAGCAUUUGUCAAUACGUAUUUACCAUAGUUUUCCAUCAUUUAAUGUAGUUAAAUGCUUAGGAUUCUGCAAUCAGCCCCUUCAGAUUACGGGUUUUUUUAAUAGUUUACGAGAGUAGCGUUGUAACGCUAGAAGCCUUAUCAGUAUACACUGGUAUAUGUAUUGUGAGAAACAAACAAGCAUAUAAACAAACAAAACUAAACACUGUAGGACACCAUGAGAAAUGACGUUCCAUAGCAGAAACGUGUGACAGUUCAUCCGUUCUGUAUAAAUUCUUUACUCAACUGUUAUUUAGGCUGUUGUUGUUGUUGUUUUAAUGUUUGUAGAACACGGCCUAUGGUUUGAAAUGUAGAGCCAAGAUGUAGAGAGGUUUCCUAGAAUAGUUCAGUGUCCAGGCAUUGUCAACAUAUAGUAAGAAAUUGAUAGAAGCUAUUUUCUUUUGGUGUUUUAGGGAAAGAAUUUAAAUACACGUUCGUCAAUAAGUAUUUCUAAUAGUUUUCUAUCAUUAAAUGUAGUUCAAUGCUUAGGAUUCUGCAAUCACCCCUCGGAUUAGGGUUUUUUUUAUACUUUACGAGGGUAGUGUUGUAACGCUGGAAGCUUUAUCAGUUGACUUUGGUACAUAUAUUGUGAGAAACAAACACGUAAACAAACAAACAACAACACAGCAAAAAGGAUUACAGGGGAUAUUUAUCACCGAUAUAAUUUAAACAGUGAAAGAUCAAGGUUCAUUAAUUAUUUUCUUCGCAAAAAGAACGCAUUACGGUAUUGUGAGGAAUCUGUAAAAACUAUUUAACUGAUAAAUGUAAACAUUAAUUUUUGGUAUUGGCUUGAUAGCGCCGUAUCUAUUUGUUGUAUUUUAACUAUUGCUAACUCCUUAGUGGAAGCAUGAAGUCGAGUGCUAUUUAAUAUAAGGUCUUUGAAUAAUAAUAAUAAUAAAAAAAUAAUGAGAAAAAAUUAACUUUUGUGGACGAAAUUUUGAAUGCUCGUCAUUUGCUGUAAGCCAAUUCUCAGAAGCCGCAAGCCUCUGUCUCCGAAAAAGGCUGUAGGGGUGUGUGUUACAGUUAAAAAUGAAUUUGCAUUCACACGCAAAUAAAC